AUGGCCAAGACUGACCCCAAGACCAUGCAGGAUCUCACCUCAGUGGUGCAGACACUACUGCAACAGCUGCAAGAUAAAUUUCAGACCAUGUCCAACCAGAUCAUUGGAAAAAUUGAUGACAUGAAUAGUCACAUUGAUGACCUAGAGAAAAACAUUGCAGACCUCAUGACACAGACUGAGGUGGAAGAACUGGAAGGUGAAAACAAGAUACCUGCUACUGCUACAAAGAAGAGUUGA